GGGAACACUUUCCAUGGGAAUGAGAGAACGUCCUUACGAUUUGAGGGGUCAAAACAAGGCAACGCCUGCAGGCUGGUGGUGAAGAACUUCAGUACACAGGAUGAGGGGACCUAUUUCUGCAUCACCAGCAUCAACAACAUGUUGCACUUCAGCUCUGGACAACCCGCCUUCUUACCAGUCACUACAACAAAAGCAGCAUCCACCACACCCACUGCCACCAGCCACAGCAGCCAGCUCACCAGCAAGGACAUCUCCCGGCACAGCCCGCAUCCAGGAACAAGCAAGGAGAACACACUGAAUUCCAUUUGUGAAGUUUUCCUCUGGGUUCGAGUGGCUGGCACCUGCCUCCUGCUCCUCACUGCCAUAACCAUCACCAUCGCGCUCUGCCAAAGGACCAAGCUCACCGUAAGCAAGCAGUGCUGCGUGGCUGCUCAGCAGAAGCCACACAGGCGUCCUCCUCAAGCACCGCACUGACACCAGCAGCAACACAGACAGCUGC